ACAGAAUGGCAAUCUUGUAACUUUACGAGGUUGCGUUGUUUCCCUCCUAGCUGUCUCAAAUUGGCAACAAAUCAGCCGUUGGUUCUCAACAGAGUAAGUUAAAACUUAAAAUACAGCCCAAGAAAACAAACCAAAACGAGAAAAAAAAAAAAAAAAAAAAAACAGAGACGCCAAAGGGAAUCCAUUAGCAUUCUUUGAGGUUGAGCCCGAAGGAAGGAGAAUAAAAAAGAAAAAACCCAGAGGGACCGGCAUUCUCUUUAUCGAUUCUCUGAUUCCCCACGCUGGGAUCAGAGGAUCAUCUCAUCCUCUCACCCCCUUUCCUUUCUUUUUCUUUUUUUUUUUAAUCUGUUCUGUUAAUUUUAUGAUCAUCUGUUGUUGUGUCGACAAAUUCCUAGUGUCAUAGAGAAAAAAAAAAUUUACGUGGGAAAGGAACAAACUUUGAUGGGUUCGAGGAGGAGGAGAACAACCCAUCUUUGAUACGGAGAAAGCAGGGGUUUUUAUGAGAUGGGUGAUUCCAAGACAGAGUCGAAAAUGGAGGGCUGGCUGUAUCUCAUUCGCUCGAACCGGUUCGGGCUUCAGUACUCCCGCAAGCGUUAUUUCGUCCUCAAAGAUUGCUGGCUCAAGAGCUUCAAGACUCUCCCCAUCAAUGACGAAGAGGAACCCAUUCGAAGUGCUGCUAUAGACUCGUGCAUACGGGUUACAGACAAUGGAAGAGAAUGCAUUCAGCGAAAAGUGUUCUUUAUUUUCAGCCUUUACAAUACAUCUAAUCACAAUGAUCAGCUCAAGUUGGGAGCAAGCAGUCCAGAAGAGGCAGCAAGAUGGAUUCGCUCGUUGCAGGAUGCUGCCGCCAAGGAACGCCCAAAUCCUGCGAUGGACUUCGUUUCCUAUUCUAAGAGGGGAUGGCCAUAUUUCAGGAUUUGUACCCCUUCAAGGAAGCAUUGUCGCAAAUUCUCUAUGGAUUGGACAUCGUGCUCCUCUAUGCAUACAGAGGCAAUGACAUCUGAUGUUGUUGCUCCUUCUCCAUGGAAAAUAUUUGGUUGUCAAAAUGGGCUUCGCCUUUUCAAGGAAUCGAAAGACUGGGAUUCGGGUAGAAGGCAUUGGGAUGACCAUCCAGCAAUAAUGGCCGUUGGAGUGGUUGAUGGUACUUCUGAGGCCAUUUUCCGAACGCUGAUGUCUCAUGGUCCCUCCCGCUCAGAAUGGGAUUUCUGCUACUACCGAGGGAAUGUGGUCGAGCACCUUGAUGGUCACACUGAUAUCAUUCACGAACAGUUGUACAGCGACUGGCUUCCCUGGGGGAUGAAAAGGAGAGAUUUGCUUCUGCGCCGAUACUGGAGAAGGGAGGAUGAUGGCACAUAUGUUAUUCUCUACCAUUCGGUUUUCCACAAGAAGUGCCGGCCACAGAAAGGCUAUAUUCGAGCUUGCCUUAAAAGUGGAGGCUACGUGAUCACUCCUAUAAAUCAAGGAAAACAAUCACUUGUGAAGCACAUGCUUUCUGUUGACUGGAAGUUCUGGAAAUUGUAUUUACGGCCAGCAUCAGCCCGAGCCAUUACAAUUCGUAUGCUUGAGAGAGUUGCAGCAUUAAGGGAGAUGUUUAAGUCCAAAUCAGGGAAAUUUUCAUCGGAAUAUUCGUGCGGGGAGUUGACGAGAGACAUCGUGUUGCCUCAAAGCGAGGAAGAAGUCAAGAAGGAAGUUCAGGCACUGGAAGAUAGCAUCCCUGAGGAUGAAGUGGAGAGACCGGUUUCUCAGACUGCGAGCUUGAUGGAAAUGCACGACACUGCUGACGAAUUCUUCGAUGUUCCCGAGCCAGCAGAUUAUGAUCACUUGGAGAAUGAGUGGUCAACCGAACUGAGUCCAGAGCUUGAGUCUCCGAAUCUGUGCCAGCCGAAGUUUGCUUCAGCUGCCUGCUUGGUGAAAAAGCUUCACGAUCUUGCUGUUCAGAAGAAAGGUUACGUGGAUCUGCAAGAUUCGGCUCGAGAUGAGAGCACGCCCUGCUGUUACGGAGCUACUCUUCAGAACGACCCGACUUGCAGCCUGCCUUGCAGUUGGGCCGGUGGCGAUCCUUCUUCAUUCUUAAUACGUGGAGAAAAUUACUUGCAAGACCACCAAAAGAUUAAGGCAACAACCACUCUGAUGCAAAUGGUCGGUGCGGAUUGGCUGAGAUCCGACAAGCGAGAGGAUGAUCUUGCUGGUCGUCCUGGUGGUAUUGUUCAUAGAUACGCUGCACGUUGCAGCCCAGAGUUCUUCUUCAUUGUGAACAUACAGGUCCCAGGCACAACGACGCACAACUUGGCUAUGUACUACAUGUUGAAAACGCCACUCGGAGAGCAUCCUUUGUUGCAGAGGUUUGUCAAUGGUGAUGAUGCCUAUAGGAAUUCAAGGUUUAAGCUCAUUCCCUAUAUCUCCAAGGGUUCAUGGAUAGUCAAGCAAAGCGUUGGAAAGAAAGCGUGUUUGGUCGGUCAAGCGCUCGAAAUAAAUUAUUGCCGGGGAAAGAACUACUUGGAGCUUGAUGUCGACGUUGGGUCUUCAACUGUGGCAAGAGGAGUGGUCAGUCUCGUUCUUGGCUACCUGAACAAUUUGGUCAUCGAGAUGGCUUUCCUAGUACAGGGCAACACACCUGAUGAGCUCCCUGAAUGCCUUCUUGGCACAUGUCGAAUCAACCACCUCGAUGCAUUGAAAUCAGUUCCAGUCGAGCAAUGAGCCAUUGACAGAGUCCGGGGCCUCAAGAAAGGUAUGGCGAUGGAGAAAAAAGGACGGCAGAAAGUUUGAAAUCAUUCUCGGCGACCAAGUUGUACAUACGACACAAACAUUUUUCUCAACUGAUUAUCAUAAUUAAUCACGACUUGGCAGGGGGAAAAAAACCCUCAAAAUUUUUACCCCGAUUCUUAUACGAUCUGUAAAGAGCUGAUGAUAUUCCAAAAUUUCACAUUCAUUCUUGGGCGGUGGGGUUUUAUGUAAUCUGUUGGAUUCAUUCUUAUGCUAACACCAAUCAAUAUUAAUUCAUUAUGAAGCUGACCCUUAAUCUA